AUGUGGAGUCACUGGCACUACACCAAACUUCUCACAUCUCACAAUCUCAUGCACGGUUACUUCACCCUCGACGACUUCGAGUAUAGAACUUUUUCCACCAGUACUUACAGUCCUUCUAGUAGUAUCUCGGGCACUGCUAACCCAAAAUCAACAUCUUCAACCACUUCUAUCCCCGAAAUGCCUUCCCCUACAACAACCUUCAACUCGUUCGUGCUCACAGUUACGACCCUUAUUACUUCUUCAACUUCAGUACCUCGGAACGACGAUAGUAUCUUUGGUCCAGUAGAAGGGCUUUCUGGUUCUCUUGCCCAAAGCACCUGCAAUCUGGUUAAUCUCCCUUGGAUCUGCCGGGCACUCCAGACCGCUGGUGCGGGAGGCGAAAUGGCAAAGCAAUGUAAUUCUACUGAAGUGACUGGUCAGUCUCCUUUACUUGAACUCCUCCUACUCGUAAUAGUGUUUCCUAACCACACUAGCCUUCGGCCUGUCAUACCGAUACCGCCUAUCACUCCAAGCGUUGCCAGCGCCAGCACUCGCCUCAACGCCAACACCAGUACCAGCACCACAAUCCUCACAACCCCCUUCUCUGCCAGGAUUCCUCUUUCAAUCGGCGGACCGCUCUCAGUGGGUGAAUCCUCCAAUUUCACCGCAACCAAUGGCCCAUUCACCAAAGGUACCAUCACCCCCAGCUUCUUCACCAUCUCCAAUGCAGUAAUCCUCAUCACUGACACCAACAACAACCCCAUAACUCCAACCCAAGAGACCAUUGUUCCCCUUGGCCCCGCUUCACCAAAUGGACCUGGGUUCACCGGCGCCGCUGCUGCCAUCAAAGCUCCUGAGAUGAUCGGCAGUGCUAGGGCUAGCCUGUUGGCCGGAGUUAUUGGACUUAUGGGCCUGCAGUGUUUGUUUUCUUUCAGGUUUGAUAUUUUAUUUGAGUUGAGAGUUGAGAGUGAUAUAAAACCGACUGGAAUGAGUUCACAUUGUAACGUUAGGAACGCCAGAGUUUGCAUGGACCUGGCUAUCUUCUAUUCAUUGCAUUUAAUAUUUGCCCACAAAUUUGGGUGUAGAUCAACUGUGGGUAGGUACGAGCUUGCACAUUCAACGUCUGCGGGGUCUGCUAGGCCGACUUCAAAUGCGAUCUCUCGAACUCGGGAGGAUCAAGCCCACAAAUGCGGCGUGACUGAGCCUUUGUAUAUACAUGAAAUGAAUUCUUGGAGCCAUUGCAUGUCGUUAAAAGGCAACCUCAAGGUCCUGGUCCCUUAUCGUUCUAGGCAAGGAGCAAAUUUAUCAGCUUUCUUGUUUGAAUUGCAGUUGCUCAAAUCCGACACCCUCUGUGCCGAGACAUAUGAGGGAUACUUUGAGCAACUUGAUUUCUGCGUAUAUAUUGGUAUUUGCCACAGCUCUGAAGUCAUCGUUGCCCUUGCGUCCUCUGUGGUACCCAAAUUUAUGCAAGGUCGCCACGUUGAUUUACUAGUACCUCAGCUAGUGCCCAAGAGUUACACACGUCCUACGGUGGGACUUGUGGCAAUUGGGGCGAGAGUUACGAAGUCGCUUAGGGAGAGGAUGAUGUUGCAUUUGUCUAGAGGAGAGGCGGAGGGGUUGGUGGGGGAACUUGUGGGGAAAAUGUUUGCGGGGAAGAUGCUAGUUCCAGUAUUGGACGCAGGGUAUCUAUUGAUGUUGAACCUCUCUUCUCUGUUCAGCCUCCUUUUGGAAACCAUUGAUAUUGCAAAUCUGAAGUAUGCGAUAGAACAUUCGAAAACUACAUGUAAUAGAGAACAACAUUCAUUUGUGGUAGGCACCUUCGACCAUGGCCUAUCUAGAUAUUUGGAUGAGCAAUACAAGGACGAAACAAAGAGUUAG